AAACAAAACAACAACACGAUCCCGCCGAUGGUUGCAUACUUUCGCACUUUUCAACACACGCGUUGCAUAAGCGCAUUUUUGGCACCGUCCCAUGAGGAGGUUCCUGCUGACCGUGGCUUACUGCGGCACCAAGCUCAGGGGUGUUCAGAAACAGUUGGAUGAGGGAGUGAAUGGGAAGGCAUGCAGUGUGCAUGGAUUGCUGGAAAAUGCCUUAGUCCACCUGCGUCCAGCCAACCACCCAGAGCUCUAUAUCUCAAGUCGCACAGAUGCUGGUGUCCACGCGCUAUGUAAUACUCUUCAUGUGGACUUAAAACGCUUACCAUCUCAGCCUCCGUACGAACCCGAAUACAUCACUAUUGGUGUAAAUCGCUUUUUCCAGAAGACAAAGACUGACAUCAGAGUUCACCGAACUGUUCACGUUCCUCCUACUUUUCACGCGAGAUUUGACGCAAUUGGGAGAACAUACCUGUACCGUCUAGCUGUCGUCAAACCCGAGGCAGACUUAUCCCAAUGCCAGUCACUCAGUUUCGAUGCUUUGAUACCUAUUGGAGAAUUACAUAGGUGCUAUCUUGUGAAGUCACCGUUUGACGUGGAGAAGGUGAGGGAGGCGUGCCGGACCCUUCAGGGCAGCCACGACUUCGCCACCUUUGCCGGGAAGGUCGGGUCUGGGGUGGACACGAAGCGCACCCUCAGCCAGAUCACAGUCACGGAGGGUCGGCCUCUUCUGGAUCCAGCCUUCGAGCCUCUUUACGGGAAUCUUCAGUUCUGGGACAUCAUCGUGAAGUCCAGGUCUUUCUUGUACAGACAGGUACGGAGGACAGUGGGUGUGCUGGUGGCUUUGGGCCAGGGGCGAAUUUCCUCUGAUGACUUUCAUCGCAUGUUAAGUUCUCCUAGUCGUGACAGCUGGCCAUCAAGAGCCGUCACUGCACCAGCUGCGGGACUAUACCUCGUCAAUGUGCAUUACCCUCCGGAGGCCUUGCGUUUCCCUUACCCUGACUUCAGUGCCGUUGAAAGCUGGGAAGGAGAUAAGGAACUGUAUUGUAAGAAGGAAACCUUAUCUGUGCCUUUUUGUAUCAAGAUCUUUCACAAAAUGUCAAGCUUAGCUCAGCAGUUAGAGGCCAAGCGCACAAACUUGCGACACACGCAGACACAAGUGACCACGCCAGAUGGCCAGUCCAAGAUUGAAGACAUUCGCCCAGAUGGCACACAAGUUGUCAGAAUGUUAGCACCUCUUAGCCCGGGGUUUGUGGUCGAUACAAAGCCCGACCUGAGGUAUUCCCCCAUCCUAACAAAGCUAAUCUUGGGGUCACAGGAUGUUGCUCAUGACCUGGAGCUUCUCCAUAAAAACAAGGUGACUCACAUAUUGAAUGUUGCAACUGGGGUUAUAAAUCUCUUUGAGGGCUGGUUUACGUACAAAACAAAGGAGGCCUACGACACCCCAACCUGCCGCAUAAUUAACAUUUUUGACGAGUGUUGUGAGUUCAUCCACGAUGCUAUAAUGGCUGGAGGUUGUGUCCUUGUACACUGUAAUGCUGGUGUAUCUCGUGCUGCAUCUAUUGUAAUUGCUUAUUUGAUGAAGCACUAUGGCAUGAAUUAUGAUGAAGCUCACAGGUUUGUGAAGUCCAAGAGAUCUUUCAUUCGCCCAAAUGUAGGUUUUGUUGAGCAGUUGAAAGAGUAUGAAGCAAAGUUGUCAAAAUGACAAAAAGCAAAGGCUGUGCCAAAGAAACCUAGACUUUAUUGCGGGUAUUCUGAUGGUCCUGCUGGUAUUAACAGUUGCAAUCUAGAGAACUUCAAGUAA